CACCAAGUGCACUUGUUCUGUUGGUAUAUAAACACUCGAUUGGCUAAGGGGCGCUUAGUCAAUUAGUUAGUGUCAUUUUUGCCGUCAAGAGUAUCGUUCAUACUGCUAGAAAGUGCUAGAAGCAAGCAUCUUAAAUUGAUUUUAAAUUAUUCACACACACAUUUGUGCAUAGACACAUAAUAACAUUUCGGAAGUAUUAAUUGAAUAAGCGGAAAGGGAAAUAAACAGUGAAUUCUGUUGGCAUAGUGUUAAUCUUAUUGGAUUACUAAAGAACUGUCUAACUGAAAGAAAGUGAUUAACAAUGAAAAAAUAUCACAUGCUAUGUAUAACCACUAUGCUGGUGCUACUACAAUCCUUUUAUAUCGAGCGGACAAGGUCAGCAUAUUUGCCCGUGCUUGAGGAGUAUAACCUCCUAAACCAAUUGGAAGGGUUACGAAAAGAUCAACAAUCCCAACGACAUUCAUAUGUGCCCAGUUCAUCAGAAUAUCAAUACAAAGACAACAGUAACUCGGCUGAUGGUGCAGUUCGGCAGACAGUCGUUUUGGGUAAAAAAGAGCAAGGAAGGGGCGAAAUAACCACAGCAGAAGACAGCAGCAGCAACAACAAUGCCGCAAUGUCAGCAUCGUACACUGACACAAAUGAAGAGACCGAUGCGUUGGGUAACUGGCAAUUAUUACCUCAUGGAUCAUACGAUAAAAACUAUGACGUAGGCGCUGGCAAUACGCCAGUACAUGCGGUGGCGUGGUCUGCUCAGCGAAGUGCUUUUCAUGCGUACGAAAAUAGCGAUAUGAAAACUAAAUUCGACAGCGAUGAAAGCGACGCCGACGGCGACGACAGUGGUAUCGACUUGGAAGAUGUUGAAAACAAUAAAGAAGCAAACAACGCACAUAUACUGAGUCGUAAGCGACGAGGUUUCGAUGAUUGGCUUAUAGCGCCUCAUACACGAUGGUGUGGGCGCGGCAAUACAGCCAAUAAUAAUUACAAUCAGCUUGGUAAUGCUGCAGAUGCCGACAGAUGUUGCCGCCGUCACGACCAUUGCCCAAUCUUUAUAUCGUCUUUCAGUAGUCGCUAUAACUUGUUCAAUUAUCGUCCAUACACGCUAUCGCAUUGCAGUUGCGAUCGACGUUUCCGUGCCUGCCUGAAAAUGAACAAUGAUGAUCCUUCCAAUACGAUCGGACAACUAUUCUUCAACAUGGUGCCAUCGCAAUGCUUUAUAAUACGCAAUGAACAUAAAUGUUUGGAGUAUGAUGAGGAAGGCAAAUGCGUGAAGGAGACCACGAUCAAGCGUGCUUAUGUGCGGGAAAAUAAGAAAUACUAGAUCAGACGAGGAGUUAUGAUAUACACAUGUAUUUUUUUUACAUGAAUGUAUGUAUGUAUGUAUAUGCAAUACACAUACGUAGCCAAAAGCCGGCUAAGAAGAAGAUGCCAAAGGGCAUGUAGAAAUGAGACUGGCCAAUAAUGUGGAGAGUGCAUUGGGGCUAAAAUGAAGCCUUACGAAGCUAAUGCAAGUGUGUAACAAAAUCGACAAAAUACUGGAAUGUUGUUGUCUAUAGAAAAUUUAAUUUUAAAGUGUAUAUUUGAAUCUGAAAGCUUAAAAGUGAAAUAAAUUAAAUUGUUUUUUUUUCUUGCUGAUUCGCGUUUGGCGGAAACUGUUUGCAUUGCGUUUCUUCUAUUAUUGCAAAGUAACACAUUCGGAAUUAUGUUUCUGGCGCGUUAUUAACAUUGUGAUUAUUCAUUUAUUCUAGCUAGUUUAGAUUACAAAAACCACUUAAUGAUGAUUGUUUGCUUUUAAGCUAUUUCCCCUAUAUUUAAAACACAUUUUGUUCCCGCGCUCAUUAGUGAAAACAAUAAAAAAAAAUGCUCUAAAUACUUGAGACACCCUGUGCAAAUUUUAACUUCCUCAUGGCGAAUUAAACGGUCAAACAUUAAGUUUCGAUAAAAUCAAUUCCAUUGAGUAAUGAAACGCGUAAUUUAAGGCAUUAUUUAUAAAUAUUAUAUUUACAAAACUAUAAUUUUAUAAGAUUUAUAUACAUAAGCAGGCGUUUCGCUGUAUUAUUAUUUUUGAUAUAUACUUUAAAGAAUUUCCUUAAUAUUAUGAGUACAUAUGUACUUGCAAAAAUAUGCAUGUAUUUGCUGGCGUUUUUAAAUUCAAAAGUAAUUAUUAAGGUUAAAAUUAAAGAGAGUAAAUAAUAGUUGCAGCAGACUAAAGUUGCAUUUUUAUGUAAUAUAAUUAAGCUUUGUAAAAGGAAGCAAUUCAAAUAGCUAAAAGCAGUAGAAUUGCAAAACAAAUUACAGAUUUCAAUUACAAUUAUUCAAUGACAAAUCUAUGAACUCAAAUAUAUAAUCACAUAUUUAUUACAAUGUAAUUAUGAAUAAAUGUACCAAGCUAAGUUACAUUAGUACUGUGUGAAAUACGUAAAGUUAUUUUAGUAAAUAAAUAAAAAAGCAAUAUAAAAAUGA